AUGCUGCGACAAGGCUUCUGGGUUUACAGGAGUUCAAAGCUGCCGGGGUCUCACCAGGCUUGCUGCUCUAUUAAAGAGCUGGAUGUGUUCAACAGAGCACACGAGAUUAAAGUGGAUCCUGACAAACCUCUGGAAGGUGUUCGGCUAGCUGCACUGCAGGCAAGGAAGACUUUGUUGGUUCCAACACCGCGUCUGAGAACUGGGCUGUUCAAUAAGAUCGUUCCACCUUCAGGUGCAACUAAGGAGAUCCUGCGAAUAUGUGCUACGUCUCGAGGUAUAAAAGAAUACAGUGUGCCCGUAGGUCUUGAUGGGAAAGCACGAGUGGACUUGGUUGUUGUAGGAUCAGUGGCUGUCUCUGAAAAAGGGUGGAGAAUUGGAAAAGGGGAAGGUUAUGCAGACAUGGAAUAUGCAAUGAUGGUGUCAAUGGGUGCAGUGCAGGCGGAUACACCUGUAAUUACUAUUGUGCAUGACUGCCAGGUGGUUGACAUAGCAGAAGAGCUUCUUGGUGAUCAUGAUUUAACUGUGGAUUACAUACUCACUCCAACAAGAACUAUCAAGACUAAUUGCAAACGACCGAAACCUCAGGGAAUAAUAUGGCAUAAGGUCAGCUAUGAAAUGCUGGAAAAAAUCCCCAUCCUAAAGAGUCUUCGAUACAGAGAGAAGCAGGCUGGCAAGGAUGUUACCCUCCAAGAUGAACGUUCAGACUUGGCAAAUGCCAACACACCAGCAGCGUUAAACGAGAAGGCGAUGGCUGAAAAUACAAGACCGCAGGCUGCAAUGGGCUCGGCUCAAAUAGGACAGCAUUAUGUUGAAAGUGAUUCUUUAAGUCCCAGAUUAGAGGGAUCUGGCACGAUUACUACUGUGUAUGUGGGGAACAUACCUCCCAGCGUAAGAGUGAGCGAGCUGAAAUGUGCUUUAAGGGAAUUCCGUGCAACUCCUUUACGACUGAAUUGGCAAGGAGCGCAGCACAGGGCUUUUCUCGAUUACAAGGAUAAAGCAACCGCAGAGAGUGCUGUAUCCUCUUUGAAAGGCUUGAGCCUCGGGGGUAAUAGUUUGCGAGUUGAGCUGGCCAAGAAUCAGAGAAACAAAGGGCAAGUAGAAAUCAAUAGUCAGAAACGAGUAUGAAUAGAGGAAAAAAAUAGGCAUGUUUUCAUUGUUUUGUGAGAAGCCAACCUAAGUUUUCAAGGAUAUUAGUAUAUCCUCUGAUUUCUGCAGGCUAAACAACAAAGCGCAAAGCCAGCUCUCCAAACAAAUGAGGCAUACAUCUCA